AGUCAUGGCAUGUCCUGCCAAUAUAUCGGACGACUAUCAGGUGAUUCUGAUAGGAGCAGCAAGUGUUGGCAAAACAUGCAUCAUAAAGAAAUGGACCCUUAACGAGUUUUCGGACGAAUACAUUCCGACGAAAUACAGCAAGGAUCACAAGGAAAUAGAGGUCCGAGGAAGAUUGUGUAAAGUAGAGAUACUGGACACGGCAGGACUCUCCCAGUACUGGGGAAUGAGGGACAACAUGAUCCGCCAAGCUGACGGUAUUAUGAUUGUUUUUUCAAUCACCGACGAAGGGAGCUUCGAAAUGUUGAAGGAACUACACCAACAAGUGGAGAGGAAUAUUAGUGAAUCAAGCUGCGUGCUCCUGGUCGGAAACAAACACGAUCUUAGUGAAACGAGGAAAGUUACCUACGACAGUGCCUGCUCUUUCUCAGAAAGUCUCGGAUUGAAAUACAUCGAGACCUCUGCCAGGGUGGGACACAACAUUGUGGAGGCUUUUGUCAGCUUGAUAGGGGCUAUCAUGGAUAAAAGGUUACAGAAAGUUCCGCCACAGAGGACCCAGACUAAGAACACCAAAUGUCGGGUCAUGUAAUUCUCUAGAUUACAAUCACGUGUUGUGCGUAGCGGCACUCUCCAUUAAUCAUGCGCAAGGGAUGCACUUGAAGGCAGGAUAAUCACAGACACACAAUCGUGUCUCCAACUGCUCAGCUCUAGAGAGCUUGAUACGCCAAAUAAAUGACAUUGUUUUUGCUUAAAAUAUCGUUGGUUUCUUCACUUUUACCAAUAUGAAUAAGUUAUUGUUAGUUGAAUAUAGCCAUUGGUUUUAUAAUAAAGUGGCCUUAAAGUUACACACAUAACACAUUAUGACGUCUUCUACUUUGGUGGGGAACUAAAUUGUGGAAUGUGGCGGCACAUGUUGUGGAAUGUGGCGGCACAUGUUUCGUAUUCAUGGCCAAAUUUUUAUUUAUUACAAUAACUUUAAUAACUGCCUUAAAAUCAGAAGACUUUAACAUUCCUACAAUGUCUGUAAUUAAAUGUUUUCUAAGUUGAGUUAUCAGAAUGACUCUUCCUAUUCCUAAAUUUCUAACUGAACUAAUUUUGGCUAAUUAAAUUAAAUGAGCAACUCUGGAGAUCAAAAUUUUAUAGCUUGACUUUUACGCCACAGUCUCUAUUUACAGUUUCUAUCGCACGAUGAUGCACGUGAUAGCACGUGUCGUGAUAUCACGUGACGUGAUACCACGUGUCGUGAUACCACGUGUCGUGAUACCACGUGUCGUGAUAGCACGUGACGUGAUAGCACGUGACGUGAUAGCACGUGACGUGAUAGCACGUGACGUGAUAGCACGUGACGUGAUCGCACGUGUCGUGAUACCACGUGUCGUGAUAGCACGUGUCGUGAUACCACGUGUCGUGAUACCACGUGUCGUGAUACCACGUGACGUGAUACCACGUGUCGUGAUACCACGUGUCGUGAUAGCACGUGUCGUGAUAGCACGUGACGUGAUAGCACGUGUCGUGAUAGCACGUGUCGUGAUAGCACGUGACGUGAUGGCACGUGAUCUCCAUAUGAAAAACAACCAGGGUUAGUAGGCAGUUUUGUAAUAUUGAGUGGUGAUAACAACACUAUAUUAUUAUAUGUAAUUAAGCAAUUGGUAGUUCGAAGAAGAAGAGUCUCGAUAUGAUAAUAUAUAUUUGAUGCUGAGCUUUACUUAGGUUACAAUGGAUGAUAAUCUAUGUAGGGCUAUAAAGCAGCCUAGGAUAUAGGAAGUUAUUUCAGUUGUAUCAGCUUAAUAACUUAAUAAGUAAGUUAAGUUAUUGCUCAAGUUAACCGAACAUCCAAACCGUAUGCUAAAAUGCAGUUCUAUGUUAGGUUGUAUACCCGUGAAAUAUAAGCUGCACCGUUUUAGCAACAUAUAUAGUUUGGAUAUAUAGGUUGUGUAUCUCAUUUUAAAUGUGUAACAAUGUGGUUCUUAUAAAUUACUGCGGCCUAGAUCCGUUUAUUCUAUUAUAACAGUACGAUGCAAAAAUUUAGGCAAUAUUAUUUGUAUAAGGUUUAUUAUAAUUUGUAAUUAACUGGAGAUGAUGAAUGUAAUAGAUGGCUCGCGAAUGCGCGUGUGCGCUCGAGUGCGUGCACGUGCAUUGCACGGUGGCCAGGUUGUUAAGAUAUGUUAUAUUAUCCAGUUGAAGUUUCGUUAACCUGUGUCUGUGCCCGUUAAAUGAUAUGUUAGGUUUAUUAAAAUAAAGUUUUGUACGUUUUAACAAAACGAAAAGCAAUGGGUAUAUAGCUGUUUCUGUUUUAUGAAGUUAUAAUUAGGGUUUGGGGUACGAAUACAAUUUGGUCAGAGUAAGAUUGAAGUGCAGAGCUCGAUUUUAAUGCUAUAAUAACCGUUGUGCCGCAGGUGUGUACAUUUAUAUACCUUUCUCAGUUUUAUUGAAAGUGAAAUUUUUGCUCUGAAGAACAAUUUUCAUAUCACCGGCUCUACUUCUAUUGUUAGAAAUUAUGUCAAUUCAUAUCCCAGUGGAAUGUUAAGAAACAUUUUAACGUUCCUACAAGAGAAUUCUUGUUUCCAAUUAUUGGUUGAAGGCCUUCGGUUUCUUGGAUAUCUGUCUGCACUUUUGGAAUUACUCUUUACUGUAUAUUUUUAUAAAUUUUAACAAAAGUUUUAUUUAAAGUUGAUGUCAA